CCAACUCUAAUCCACAAAUCCUUGUGAGGGUCACUGAGACUCAAUGACACCGUCCCUUACACCCAAUGCUUACACUUGUCAUUUACCUAGCUAUAUUCUGAUAUCGUUUUAAUUAGCUUUUGAAUGACUGAUGAUUUAUACAACAACUCUUCUGAUCCUUUAAUUGGCAACUUCACAUCUAAAGAAGAAGUUACACAAGGAGUAAAGAGAAAUGGACCUUUUACUACAUUAAGGAGUGGAACGGGUAGACUGCAGAUUUGCUACCAUGACCACUUCCACCACGAGUCCCCACCUCAUGCUGACGGCUCACCUGGAGCAAGGACUGACCACAGACAGUGAAGAUCAAAGUGACGAUGACUUAGGCGAACCUCAAUCAGAUCUUCGACAUCUGGCCAACAUGAAUAACAACAAUAACAAUGAAGAAGAGGAAAAGGAAAAAAAGAAGAAAGAGAAGAAAGAGAAAAAAGAAAAAAAGAAGAAGGAGAAAGAAGAAAAUGAAACAAAGGAAAAAGAGGAGAAGGAAAAUGAGGAGAAGGAAAAGAAGGAGAAAGAGGAGAAGGAAAAGGAGGAGAAGGAAAAGAAGGAGAAGGAGGAGAAGGAAAAGAAGGAGAAGGAGGAGAAAGAAAAGAAGGAAAAGGAAAAAAACAAGCCCAAAGAACUAUUUGUUAUUAAUCCUGCUGGGAAUUUGUAUUACAACUGGCUGUUCGUCAUCACAAUACCAGUCAUGUACAACUGGACCAUGAUCAUAGCCAGGGCUUCUUUUGAGGAGCUGCAGCACAGAUACUUACUCUACUGGAUGACUAUGGACUACAUUUCUGACGUUGUUUACGUGGCUGAUAUGUUCUUCAGGACCAGAACAGGCUACCUUGAACAAGGCCUGAUGAUAAAGGAUAAGAAACUCCUCCUCGAUCGCUACGUCAACAGCUUCCAGUUUCGCCUUGAUUUUAUUUCCAUGCUGCCAACAGACUUCCUAUACUUUGUAGUUGGUCUUGACUACCCUGAGAUUCGCAUCAACAAACUCCUCAGAAUUGGCCGAUUGAUGGAGUUCUUCACAAGAACUGAAACUAAAACCAACUAUCCCAACCUCUUUCGCAUUGGAAACCUAAUUAUGUACAUCCUCAUUAUCAUCCACUGGAAUGCCUGUAUGUUUUUCUCUUUUUCCAAAGCUAUUGGCUUUGGGGCUGAUGACUGGGUCUACCCCUCUCUGGAAGAUCCCGAUGAGCCUGAUUUUGGGCUGCUUGGGAGGAAGUAUUCUUUUAGCCUCUACUGGUCCACACUGACCCUGACCACCAUCGGAGAAACCCCACCACCAGCUCUGGAUUCAGAAUUUCUCUUCCAUGUAAUGGACUUCUUAGUUGGAGUCUUGAUCUUUGCUACCAUUGUUGGAAACAUUGCAACCAUGAUCUCCAAUAUGAAUGCUGCCCAAGCUCAGUUUCAGUCUCGCAUUGAUAACAUCAAGCAAUACAUGCAGGCUCGAAAGGUCAGCGAGGAUCUCGAGCUGCGAGUCAUCAAGUGGUUUGACUACCUGUGGAAUAACGGCAAGGCUCAAGAUGAACGAGAGGUGCUCAGGUAUCUCCCGGACAAGUUAAGAGCAGAAAUAGCCAUCCAAGUCCACAUGGAAACCUUGAAAAAAGUCAGAAUUUUCGCGGACUGCGAGGCAGGCCUGCUGAUUGAGUUAGUGCUCAAACUCCGGCCACAAGUCUACAGCCCCGGAGACUACAUCUGCAAGAAGGGCGACAUUGGCCGUGAGAUGUAUAUUAUCAAAGAUGGACAACUUGCAGUUGUAGCUGAUGAUGGUGUCACACAGUUUGUUGUGUUGGGAAGUGGCAGCUACUUCGGGGAGAUCAGUAUCCUACAAAUCAAAGGCAGCAAAGCAGGCAACAGGCGGACGGCCAACAUUCGCAGCAUUGGAUACUCAGACCUCUUCUGCUUGUCCAAAGAUGACUUAAUGGAAUCACUGUUGGAGUAUCCGGAUGCCAAAGGCAUGCUGGAGGAGAAGGGACGGCAGAUCCUAAUGAAAGAUGGUUUGAUAGAUUUGGACCCGGCCAACAUCAAGCCUGAGGCCAAGGAGCUGGAAGAUAAGGUCAACAAAUUGUACGGCACAAUGGACCUGAUGCAGAAUAAGCUCAAGAAGAUUCUGGGAAAAUACAAGAUUACUGGGAAAGCUCUGAGACACCGCAUUGCUGAUCUGGAGCGCAUGACUGGAGAGGAAGUAGAAGAAGAGGAGGAGGAGGAGGAAGUGAAAAAGGAAGUAAUAGUGGAAGAAGAAGAGAAAGGAGAAGAUGAAAAGGCAGAAGGAGAUGAAGGGGAAAAGGAAGAAGGAGAUAAGGAUGAGGAGCCGGCGAAAGAGGAGGAGAAAGCUGAAGAGGAAGAAAAGGAAAAAGCUGAUGAAGGGAAGGAGGAAGAUUGAGAAGAGGAGAAGACAGAUGAGGAAGAGAAAAAAUAAACCUAUGGUUUCUCAGAAACAUCUUUUGUAUGUAGCUUUUACAGAAUCUUUAUCACCAAGAAGUCUUUCUUACUGGACUUGCUUCUUAAAAGACUCAGUGAUGUUAAUAAAGACAAGAGAUAAAACUCAAAAUAAUGAUCACUCUUACUUAUCCAAAGAAUGUAUUUCUUCUAUAGUAUUAUCAUUUCUAAUACAGUCAUUCUUCUACUUAGGAACAGUUUUCCACUCUGACAGGCUUGUUUAUAAGUCCAAUAUUUGUACUGUACAAUAUUAGUACAUGUAUAUAACAGUUUUUAUUUCAAAUGGCUCUAGAUUUGGAAAGAUACUGACCUGAUGAUGAUGAUGAUGAUGAUGAUGAUGAUGAUGAUGAUGAUGAUGAUGAUGAUGAUGGCAUACAAACAACACUCCUAUCGCCAUGACCCUCCUCUUUCUCUUCCCAGAUGAAACUGUACCACUGAACAGAUCAUAGAUAGGUGCUGUGAAUUACGCAAAUUAUCCUUAAACCUGGCUCCCACCAGACAUGGAAAUGUUGUUUUGCUCCGUCUUCAGCAGUGCCUGCGACUGUUUCUGAGCGCUGCCUGCUUAGCUGGAUUAUUGAGAUUACAAUUUUACUCGAAAGUUUCAAGAUCACUUGAAGAUCAUGUGGGAAUCUCCUGGUUUCUUGCCAUUUCUGCUAUUGUCCUCAUAAAAAGAUUACCGGUAGUUGGUCACAAAUAAAAUAUGCUUUUUGACUUUUAAGGUUAAUCUCUCUUCAUGCGUGGUUGAAAUCUCUCCUGAAACUUCCUGAAGUGAUAACCCCUUGGCUUCCAGGGAUUAACUUGAUGUUGAUAUAUGAAUCGAAGCCAACACCUGGUGUUUUAUUUUGAAAAUUGACCGGAUUCUAUAUGGCAUUCUUGAGUUUGACCGCCUGCCAGACCGACCUAUUGUGUGAAAUUUGAUGCGGCUUGCUACGACAAAGCACCACAAUCAGCUCUGCAAGUAUGUGUAGCAGCACAUAGUAGACUGACGUCUCAGGGUUGUAUCAAAACAGUGGUGGGGAGCUUCUGGUGACACCACGGGCAUUGACCUGAAUGACAGCAGUAAGUAAUCCCUGGAACCAAGGUUGGAACCAAGGUUACUUGCUUAUAUGGAUUUUAGAAGCACUUUGUCCGUCUGAAUGAAAAAUUUCAGCCUGAAUGUUCGUAAGCAGGGGGCUAUCUGUAAUAGCAACAGUAAGACAACGCUAACAACAAUGAUUAUAUUUAAUUUAUUAAAAACAUUGACUUCUUUUUUUUGCUGGUGUUAUUGAUUAUAACCUAAAUGUUGAUAUACAGAAUGCAUGUAGUCCAAAUAGCUGCUAGAAGACUACUACUCCAGUUUUAAGUAUCAUCCAUUCACAAAUUAAUAGGAAGAUUUGAGGUAGAAAAAUAUUUUUCCGAUAACUUGCUGAUGUCACGGUCGGUUUGUUUGGUUCUUUUCUUACAGUCUAAGGUCAAAGCUUGUUUGCAUCUUAUAUGUGGCCACCCCGCCCCCUUUUUUUGUAUAAUUUAAAGAAUUAUACACAUAUAUGUAUUUUAAUUUUCCAACAAAGGUAUUUGUGGGAGUGGACAGCUUAAAUAUGUAUGUGUUUAUAUAUAUAUAUAUAUACAUAUACAUAUAUACAUAUACAUAUAUAUAUAUAUAUAUAUUUAUGCACACAUACAAAACUCCACUCCAGCAUUUCUAGUUGUGAGAGCUCUCUGUAUUUCAUACAGAGAGCCUCCCGCUGUCCACUCCCACUGUUUCUGAUGAUCUUGUGAAGAGUGCAAAGAUUUAGAUUCAUACCAUCAAUUCACAGCUGGUGAGAUAAAGUAUUGCAAGAUAUUCCCUAAAAUGAUAACUUUUUUCAUCAUAUCAUAUCAUUAGUAUUCUUCUCAAGAGGAAUAAGUAAAGGUUUUGCAAGGCAGAGAGAAAUAAUUUUGCCGUAUUAUAAUAAUUAUAACAGGUUACUUUUCUAAUAUAUAAUUAAUAUAUUCUUUU